GUGAAGGCGUUCUUAUUGUCGACAGACAGCGAUUGCGCGCUGCGUUGCUGGAAGAGGUUUGUCCAGCUGCUGGAGCUCCCCAAACCGCGGACGGGCUAACGACAGUGACCUGUGCGCAUUCUUAUGUAAUCUCGAUUGGCCCGUGCACGUCCGUCUUUCGCAUCACGCCAGGUGAACGACGAGCAAGCUUCAACAUACACCCCCAGCUCCACGCACCCACGCCCCGACUCGGAUACCUCUCCACUCACCAAAAUCAUAUUCGCCAUGGCUUUCAAACCUGUUACCGGUAUGCUCCGGAGGACAAUCGUGCUCGACCUUUCCGUUGCGAUGGGUCUCGGCGUAGCUGGUGGCUACGGAUGGUGGUACGGCUACCACGUCCCUGCCGUGCGUCACCGCGACAGCUACUACGAGAAGAUCGAGAACGAGCGUGCCCAAGCCCUCUCCAAAUAAGCGCCCCACUCUGCCGAUUUAUUUCUCUUUUGUCCGGAGGUGGAUGGAAUCAAAGCAUAGACGGGCUGGAACGGUGCGGACGUCGAAUGUAUCAUAGCGGGGUAGCCUCGAUUAGCCCACGAAAUCAAACUCAAUCAAUCAAUCAGUCAAGUCAAGUCCACUUGUUUUGCCCUUUCAUUUGUGUUUAUUUGUCGUGUGUUGGAGGAAAGUGUCCGUAUUUUAGGCAGUAUUCGCUUUAAGUCGCGAAUUGGUCUUUUUGCAUAUGGAAAUCGAGGAACGUUGUCAUUAUUAUGUACAAGUUCAUUCCUUUCCAGACUAGGUACAGUCAUUGAUUUGGCGCAAGAUAGGUGUUCUCGCUUCUUCACACAUUAUGAAUCACCACACGUCAAGCCGAAGACUGUGCUCGCAUAUGUCUCCCGUUUUACUUCUGCCGACCCCCUAACUUGUAGUACCGCUCCAACUCAUAAAACAUGUUUCUCUAUUUUUGUGUAUAUUGAAAGGAUACUUCCAUAUCUUUGCUUUCGCUUUGAGAACUUGCAUGAAUGCGUAGAAUUUGAACCAUCUUAGUAGCUGCCUAUCUUUAGUAUCUUUGUCAUUAUUGAAAUUGCCAUAUAUACAGUUACCUAGGCUCUGGCUAAUUAUUUGUAUGUGUAAUGCUAAGCACUUUCUACGUGUGCACGC